GGUCUGUAGAGGCGCCAGCGAGAGUGGUCAGACAGAGGCUCGCCUCCAGGGCUGCCUCCGAUUGGCUGCCGCUGACACGUGGGGGGGGGGGGAGGUACGGAGGGGGAGAGAGUGAGCGGUGGCGGCAUGCAUACGUCGGCGGCCGGUGCGACGCCCGGUCAGUAGCUGAUCACAGACGGCCAGUGGUGGUGUGAACGGUGUAAACAUUUCGUCACCUCAUAGGCUCGGUGACAUAGUAACCGGCGAAUUCAGUGUGAUUGAAACCAGUGCUAUCGCUUCUCCGUCGGCCUGAACUAGUGAUCUCCGAGGGCUCGGUUCUAUCUCUCUACCUGCACCAUGCUGAGCACGCUGAGCAGGUGCCUACGCGGCGCUGGCCGUCGGGCAAGAGCGGCUUCCAGUCGCCACCUCACCACCAGCGCGAGAACGGCCGAGAUCAUCGCCCGAGAGGCCCGACACGGCGCCUCCAACUACGCACCCCUCCCGGUGGCUCUGGCACGCGGCGAGGGCGCCGUGGUUUGGGACGUCGACGACAAGCGCUACUACGACUUUCUGUCGGCUUAUUCAGCAGUGAAUCAGGGUCACUGUCACCCUCGCAUUGUGCAGGCCCUGACGUCACAGGCGCAUACGCUGACGCUCACGUCACGUGCCUUCUACAACACGGAGCUGGGAGAGUAUGAAGAGUAUGCCACUCAGCUGUUCGGCUUCGACAAGCUGCUGCCGAUGAACACUGGCGUCGAGGGUGGAGAAACCGCCAACAAGAUGGCCCGUAAGUGGGGCUACAUGCGCAAAGGAAUCCCCCAGAAUGAGGCGAGGAUCAUCUUCUGCGAGAACAACUUCUGGGGGAGAACGCUGAGUGCCGUGUCGUCUUCUACCGAUCCGACCGCUUACACCAACUAUGGUCCCUUCAUGCCCGGCUACGACAUCAUUCCCUUCAACGACCUCGCCGCUCUGGAGGAGGCCUGCAAGGACCAACGUGUGGCAGCCUUCAUGGUGGAGCCCAUCCAGGGCGAGGCGGGAGUGGUGGUUCCCGAUGAGGGAUACCUGCGUGGCGUGCGAGACGUCUGCAGCAGACACAACGUGCUCUUCAUCGCCGAUGAGGUGCAGACGGGUCUUGCACGCACCGGUCGCCGGCUGGCCUGCGAUCAUGAGGACGUGAAGCCCGACAUCCUCAUCCUGGGCAAGGCUCUGUCGGGUGGUGUACUUCCCGUAUCUGCCUGCCUUGCUAACGACGAAGUGAUGGGUUGCAUCACCCCAGGAACUCACGGUUCUACAUACGGCGGCAACCCUCUGGCCUGUCGCGUUGCCAUGGCUGCUCUUGAAGUCAUGGAGGAGGAGAAGCUGGCUGAGCGCGCGCACCAUCUCGGAAAGCUCCUGCGGUCCGAGCUGUCCAAGAUUCCUUCAGACGCCGUCACCACGGUGCGAGGGAAGGGCUUGAUGAACGCAGUGGUGAUUGCGCCGGGUCUGGAUGCCUGGCAGGUGUGUUUGAGGCUGGCGGAGAACGGGCUGCUUGCCAAACCGACCCACGGGGACAUCAUCCGUCUGGCUCCUCCACUGGUCAUCUCGGAGGAGCAGCUGCUGGAGUGUGCCGACAUCAUUAAACGCACCAUCCAGUCCAUGUGAGCAAGCUACACAAAACUGCUCAGCCGUCAACGAUGCCAGUGGCAUGACAUCGCCAUCGCGCAUACCAAUUUAAUCCGCUUUUCUGAAGAAUGAUGAAUUGUGUCAAGUGUCGACUGUCAGCAUGAUAUUCUAGUGGCCAUACAUGCGGCUCGGACUGAAACGAAGAAAAGCGUCAUGUGACGACAGCUUUGUCCUUGAGGUGAUUGAUGUCAAUGACAUAACGAUAUAAUUGAAGCUUCAUGAAGUGCGAAACACUUGAUAGAGCCGUCAACAUCAUGGCAAGUUUCCGAAUUUGUAUAUUCUCUAUGUAGCAGGAGCUUCUAGCAGGGCUGAUACCUAAUACUCAUAAAAGUGUGCUUAAUAUGAACUUUAUGUGAGCCAAUCCGAAAAAUAACGAUCAUAAAUGUAAUACGCCAGUGUGGGCCUUAAUGACGGCAAUGUGUAAUAUUCACGGGAAAGGUACCAUGUCCAGUAUCCGCUGCCGGAUUGUGCCAUUUAAUAGUUGUGCUCUGCGCUGUUUGCACUUUUAGCGUUUAGUUUUAUCUCCUGUUUAAUCAUGGGCCCGCCCGUCUCGGAUGGGCUUUGUCCCUUGUUCCCAGUCUACUGCGCAGUGCGCUUGUGGAUAUAAAUGGGUUGAGGGUGGCUGUCGCUAUUAUACGACUCUAGGCGGCAGAGCCUGUCCCGGCCACUUGACAGUCAGCAUGUCCUUGCUGCUAAACAAGACGGCUGCAGUAUCAGCAGUUCACAAAUAAACCACCCCCACAUCGAUAUAACAUUCCAAAUUUAGUUUAUGUGCACUUGGAUCGUAUGUGUCAAGUCGAAAACUACAGGAUGAGUAUUGUCAUCAGUAAAGAGAGCUUGUGACCGAUAUGUGCGACGCGACAUUUUAUACCGAUUUACAGAAGAACCGUACUCAUAUGUUGAUUUGUGACGGAGUGGUAAAUAAUGUGCGUGCUUUGUACUUUUCUAUAAUACAUGUCUGACCUACA